GGGGUGGGGCGGCCCCCCGCGCCCGUGAGGGACGUGCCGCCCGCCGGGGAGCUGGUACGGCCCUCGGUGACAGAGCUGUCCCAAGUGCGGACCAACAUCCUGUGCACCGUGCCCGGCUGCGGCAAGGUGCUGCCCAACAGCCCGGCCCUCAACAUGCACCUCAGCAAGGCGCACCCGCUCCAGGAUGGAAAACUUAAUGCACCAAUAAGGAAGGGUUUGAAAACUUCACAGAAAUUCUACUGCUGUCCUAUUGAAGGCUGCCCUAGAGGACCAAACAGACCAUUUUCCCAAUUUUCUCUUGUAAAACAGCACUUUAUGAAAAUGCAUGCUGAAAAGAAGCACAAAUGUGAUAAAUGUAGUAACUCCUAUGGCACAGAAUGGUAUUUGAAACGGCAUAUAGAGGUCUGUGGCAAGACUUUCCAGUGUACUUGUGGGUGCCCUUAUGCCAGCAGAACAGCAUUACUGUCUCACAUUUACAGGACUGGCCAUGAAAUUCCUGCAGAACACAGGGAUCCUCCUAGUAAGAAAAGGAAAAUGGAGUCCUCCGUACAUAAUCAGCAGUUGGCAGAGAAAGCAAACGAAGCAUUCAGCAAUACACACAGUACUGCUCCUGGCACUCAGGAACUGGAGUCCUCUGAAGUGAAAGUAGUGGCCUCUCUUGAAGGCUCCUGCAGUUCUAACUUUACCAACCAAAUGCAGCCAAAAUGUGCACCAAAGAUGCUUUUACCCAAGCCCAAGGUGGCUUUGGUUAAACUUCCAGUAAUGCAGGUUGCUCACUUGCCUGUAUAUGUAUCUGCAACAGACUCUUCUGUCAAACCUGCUGUAGUGGCUGUUGAUAAUCAAGGUUCAGUUGUAAGUACUGUUCAUUUAUUGCCUCAAUCUAUAGGAAUUCUGAUUCCAGCCCUGGAGGCAGAAACACUUGUAUUUAAAGACAGUAUGCCUGUUUCAAAAGUGACGACUUCUGGUGAUCGUGAACCAGUAAGUACUGGUGUACAAGUUGAAUUGGACAAGGUUACAUCAAAUAACACAGGACAAGACCUGGGAAAUGUUUGUCACAAGAACAAAAUUUCUUCAAUAAAUAUACAGACUGACUUAUCUUAUAUCUCACAGAGCUUUGUACCAGCUGCAGCCUGGACUCCUAAUUCUUCUGUGUCCUCUUGUUCUCAGACAGAUCUGUCAUUCAGUUCCCAGGUAUCAUUACCCAUCAGUGUACAGACACAGACACUGCUGCCUGCUUCCAAACUGACUUCAUCCAUAGCUGCUCAGACUGAUGCUUUCAGUCAGGGCUGUUUUCCAACAUGUGGCAUUUCCAGAGAGACUCAAACCAGUAGGACACAGGACUGUAUUGAUGGAAGAGUACAGAUGGACCAGGCUGUAAUGUGCAGUGACAUUUUUGACAAUGUUCCUUCAUCAUAUAAUGUUUCUACUCACAUUGAACUUCCAGAAAACAAUUUAAUGCCUGCAAAUAUAGAUCAAACCUUGCUGCAAAGAAGUAGUUGCAAGAGCCUGCGUCAGGAUACAGUUAAGUCUGAAUCCCUUAUCAACUUCAAUACACAGACUAAUGUACUUCCACCUCAAAAUACAACAGAUAAUCAAACCCAGACAAUGGACCUGCUAAGUGAUCUGGAAAACAUCUUUUCAGGAAACAUGUCUGGCCAGACACUGGAUAAUCGUGGUCUUUUGUCUGAGACAAGUUCUAAUGCCGACACACAUCUUCCAUCUGGUCCAUCACAGAGUACAGGGAUAGACUUCGACAUUGAAGAGUUCUUUUCAGCAACCAACAUCCAAACUCAGACUGAAGAGAGUGAGCUUGGUACCCUGAACUCUGAGCCAGUUUUGGAGUCACUGGACAUUGAAACUCAGACUGAUUUCUUAUUUUCAGAUAGUGCCACUCAAUCAUAUAACUGCCGAGGCAAUUCUAACUUCUUAGGUUUGGAGAUGUUUGAUACACAGACACAGACAGACUUGAAUUUCUUUUUGGACAGUACUACCCAUCUGCCUUUAGGAAGUAUUCUGAAACAGUCCAGUUUCUCAAUGAGCACUGAUUCAUCUGAUACAGAAACCCAGACAGAAGUAUAUAUGGCUACUAAAAAUACACCUACUCAGAAUAUUGAAAGCAAAGUCCAGCUCAGUAGUGCUGAGACACAGACUAUGGAUAGCUGCUUUGAGAAUCUGGGGAGUUUAUUCCUUACCAGCAAUGAAACACAGACAGCAAUGGAUGACUUCCUUCUGGCUGACUUAGCCUGGAAUACAAUGGAGUCCCAGUUCAGUUCAGUAGAAACACAGACCUGUGAAGAGCUGUGCUCCUUGUUCCAGAGCUCUGACAAGCCCAGCCACUGAGUGCUACAAAAUAUAACUGUUUCCUGUGGUUUGAAUUUAACUUAUUGGGGUGGGAGAGAUGGCUUUACCAAGUGAUCCGCUUAGCAUUAUUGAAUGUACUUGUCAUGAGCAGUUGACCUAAGAGACUUUUCAUGCUGAAGGUACUCUAUUGAAUAUGUAACUUCACAUAAACAAUGUGUGUAUAAAUAGAGGGGAAAGGGGGAGCUGUAACAUGUUAAUGUACAUUUGAACCUUAAAAAAAUUAUGUGGUGCCUAUGUUUUUUGCUCAAACUUCUUUUCGAAGCUAUUACUGCUUUCAUCUAAGUGGAAGAACUUUUCAAGUUGUUCUCUAUAUCUCCCUCUAUUCCUGGCUUACAUGCAGGGUUCCAAUGUGCCAGACCAAAACCCUGACCUGUUCAAUUGAGAUGCUUCCCUGAACUUACGGGGGAGGAUUCUAUUAGUGUAAGCUACUUCUGUUUACUUUUUUUAGUAGCUUGUAUUUUAAAUCCGGCAUGAACAUAAUCAGCCGUAUCGUCUUCUUUUACUUUAUGCCUUCACAGCUCUUUCUCCUGCAUAAGCUGAGAUUUUCCAAUUACCUGUCCAACACACUAGACACAAAGAGAUUCUUGAAUUGUUGAAAAUAUUUAUUGUUCAAAAUGUGUGUAGAAAGCAGUAUUUUUUUUUGCCCUGAGUGGCACUGAUGCUCUUUGAAGGUAGAAAAAGAACUUGGAAUUUGUAAUUGUAGGGAAAAUUAGUAUGUUGUCCUUUUAGCUAGUGUAAUAAAUGGGACUAACAUUUUUAGAGUCUUCAGAAGGGAUUUGCUUAAAUUAUUUCUGUCUGUAAGAUGCAACUGUUACAAUGUGUGUGCCUCAGAGACUGGAAUCAUUUGGUUUUGCUGAAAUUCUCCUAGCUUUAUUGAGAUACGAGUUGAGAUACAUUACAGUGGUUUACUACCUUAAGAAAAAUCUUUACAAAUAGGAAAUUAAAUUCCUUAAAACACUCACCUUGACUUCUGUUUUUGGACUUCCUGCUUCCAAAAACAGUUGGAAUCCAUUCAGCAGAGCUGGGAGAUCAGCUCACAGCUCUUCCAGAGCAGCUCUAUCUUGCUUUUGCACUUUGAUCUGCAGCCCUCAGUUCCUGCAGCUUUCACAGUCUCCCUGAGUAUACUCAAAUUCACACAAACUGAUGUUUUAGAGAAAAAGCAUAUGACA